CGAUAUACAUCUGAGUUGCGAACGUCCCGCCUCCUGAAGAGCAAGCAGACUGGCGGCUGUGGCGGAACUUGGAAGCGGUAGUAGGAGGAGGCGCGGUAGUGGGUGCUGUUCCAGGUAAAAUGGUGUCGGCCACGUCUGCAGUUUUAUACAAAGAAACCAGUGUGACCCCAGAAUAAACUUUACAUGUGGUGCACUUAAAACAUGAGGCUGAGAACACGAAGGGCUUCUCAGCAUUUAAGUCCUAUUCAUGGAGAAAAUGCUUCACGGACAAAGCGUAAAUACUCAGAAACUGAAGACAACAUACUGACAGAUGGUGAAGAUAAAACUCAAAGUAAUGACACGGGCAUUUUUGCUUCUAUUAGGAAACUGAUAAGAGGAAGCCCACCAAAGGAUGAACAAGAAAAUCCUUCAAAGAAGUGUCGCACCGAACAUGACUUAGAUAGUAACCUGAUAUCUUCAACUCCAGGAACUAUCGACAAGUCUAACAAGCAGAUUUCAAGAAUUAGGCGGAAAAGUCAAGUCAAUGGAGAAGCUGCAACAUUUACACCAAACAACAGGCAUAUUAAACAAAAUGGAAAACUAGACAGUAGCUCUGCUUCUGCCAGCCCCCCAAGGACUACAUUUCUGGGGACCAUAUUUUCUCCUGUGUUCAGCUUUUUCUCGUCUACAAAUAAAAAUGGGACAUCUGGUACAGAUUCCCCUGGAGAGGCUGUUGAAGCAGAGGAGAUAGUAAAACAGCUUGACAUGGAUCAGGUAGAUGAGAUCACAACUCAUACUGCAGCAUCAGCUAAUGGAACAGUAGCAUACUCCAGCCAAGUAGUUCAGGUGCGAUCUUCUGUCAAUAACUGUUCAGAAGAUAUUGAUGAACCCACCAAUCGAGAUGUACCACCACUGACAGCACCAUCUCCGUAUAGUGGUUACUCUUCGGCUCAUGUAGAGGCUAACUAUGAAGAAGACUGGGAGGUGUUUGAUCCUUAUUACUUCAUCAAGCACAUUCCAGCACUAACUGAGGAGCAAUUGAACAGGAAACCAGCUCUUCCACUGAAAACAAGAAGCACACCCGAAUUCUCACUAGUCUUGGAUUUAGAUGAAACAUUAGUACACUGUAGUCUGAGUGAAUUAGAAGAUGCUGCCCUAACCUUUCCAGUGCUUUUCCAAGAUGUCAUUUACCAGAUCAUUCUUUUCACUGCUUCUAAGAAAGUAUAUGCAGACAAACUGCUGAAUAUUCUAGACCCCAAAAAACAGUUGGUCAGGCACAGACUUUUCCGUGAACAUUGUGUUUGCGUACAAGGGAACUAUAUUAAAGACUUAAAUAUCCUUGGAAGAGACCUUUCAAAAACUGUCAUAAUUGAUAAUUCACCGCAGGCCUUCGCUUAUCAGCUUUCAAAUGGAAUUCCUAUAGAGAGCUGGUUUGUGGAUAAAAAUGACAACGAACUUUUAAAGUUGAUUCCUUUCCUUGAACAACUGGUAGAGCUGAAUGAGGAUGUUCGGCCACAUAUCCAAGAGAGAUUCCGUUUGCAUGAUUUGCUUCCCCCAGAUUGAAGUCUUUGUUUUGUUUUUUUUCCUGAAUCUCUCUCUCUCUUUUUUUGUUAUAUUUUGUAAAACGGAAGGGGAGAAAAUACAAGACCCAUCUGGAUUAAAAUAAAAACUUUGCCAUUAAUUUUAAAUUCAUGGGGUUAGGCUUACAGGACUACUGGCUGAAAGGCUAAAAAGUUUUAUUUCCAUAUUAUUUUGCCCCCUGUGUCAUUUUCGGGUUUGUAACAGUUUAGUAACACCAAUGAAAAAUUACUUUCAGCACACUGAGACAGCAUGGAGGUCAGGCUUCUUGAUGUACAUCUCAUAGUAUUUAAAUUUUAAAUGUGAUCUCCUUUUAAAAGUGGCAUGACAGAAGAAAACAUUUAGUCUGUGUUCCAUACGGGUGUGGAAUAUGGUUUAAAUAUUAAGUUCUCUUUUAUGCCUUUGCUAAAACAUAUAUGCAUUUAAAUCUUAACUGACUUAGAUGCAGUGCAAAACUUUUUUUCUGAAUGACCAGUGGUCAUUUUUUAUUGAUGUUAUGCUUUAUCGUACAUACCUAGCUGCAGUUUUGUUUUUGUUAUAUACCUGAAAAAUCCAUAAGGGGCAGAAACCGUGUGGAAAUUAGACCAGGUCUUUUGCCUGAUAAUACCACAAGACACUUUUGACAUUUCAUUGAAUUUUACAGUUUAACAGCACCGGGAAAUGUGCUGUAAUACUUUUUUUUUUUUUUUCUCUUUUGUACAUUAUUGCCAUUGCUGUUGAAAUUUGCAUUUUUACCCCAUCUUUCAUUUUUUUUCCUUUUUAAAACCUGAUUGGUUAAUCAAGGUUGCAAACAAACACUUCAGCUGUCUUCACAGAGGGACAUUUUUCUGGGUAGAAAGGAAAGGAUUAAGUUGCAGGCUUUAGAAAUUGUGCAACUCCAGCAGGAAAUUUCUGCGUGAGAUCAAACGUUAAAGAAUUCUGUUUCUGUCACCAGCAGCUUAACCUGUAUUUUCACAGGAUUUCAUAAAACAGAGAUGAAAAUGGACUUGUAUUUUUCCUCUGUUUUGGUGCUUCAAGUAGGUCUAAAGCCUCUUUGUUAGUUAAUAAUCUCAUUUCAACAGGAAUGGCCAGUAAAAGUUGAGUUUUAUAUUUUCCUGUUCUAGAUUAUAAACUUUAUACAUUUUAACUUAGACUAGAAUUUCAUAAAGCAUUCCUUUUAGUUGAUACGCUUCAUAUCUACUUUGGAUAUAGCCAAAUUGUAUUAGAUUCUGUGUUUGGAUGGCCAUUCUCCUGCUUCGUCUGCCUGCAAACUGUAUAUUUGUUUAAAGAAUUCUGUAGAUUUAGUAAGUGUAUUUUUCCCUUAGAGUACCAUCAUUUAUAUUUUUUCUAUUGAAAAUACUCCACUGUUGAAAUACACUUUGAUAAUCAAGGCAUCUAUGGAAUAGAAUGUGGGCUCUCGGUAUAUUUUUUUUGAGUUCCAUGGCUAGUUAACAGGAAAGUUCUGGUAAAAUGCCCGAGUCUCUGAAAUUGCUCAAGGCAUAAAAGUGCUGUACUGUUAAGAUGGAGAGUUAUACCAGUCCAGCAUUUUUAUUGCACUUUUUAAUAAAAAUAUUGUAAGUGUGAAACAUGCCGUAUGAUCAUGGUAGACAUAUUAAUAUGAAAUAGCUCUCCUUUUACUUUUUGCUGUAUUAAAUGAAACCAGUACCAGCAUUCCAGAGAGCCCUGUGAAUGUUUCAUGAGGAUUUAAACCAUUAUGAUAGCUCCAUUACACCUACAGGAACAGUAGCUCUAUUACACCUACAGGAACAGUAGUUAUAAAUUUCCUAAUGAAUAAGCAGAGUUGCUUUGCAAAACAGUGCAUUUUAUUUUAAAAUGUUAGACUGACUUUACCAUCUCCCUAGAAUGUGGUACACACAAAAAGUUUAGCAGAAAAUGAUUACAUUAAAGAACUUCCUUAAUGCAGGUCAACAACUGACAUUAUUACAAAUGUAGAGGUUGAUGAUGCAGUCCUUGAAUGAAAAAUUAUUUCCUGGAAAAAAUUCAGUUCAGUCUUUUGUGGAAGGUUGAGAGAAUUUUUGUUAUUUCUGUGAUGAGUAACAAUGGUGUUAAAUGUUUACGUUGUGCUAGCAAAUUGUAGAACAAAACAAUAUUGAGUAUUGGUUAUUCCAGCUGUAGUAUAUUUACUACAGUGCUGGUCAGUCGGUUUGAAAUCUUAUGCGUUGUAUAAGUUGACUAAUACGAGGAUAUUUUAGUACCUUGCAGGAUGCUUAAAGGAUAAUCUAAGCCACCUUUGAGAGUGAUGGAACUCCUCCAGAUUGACCUUGUUUAGGAAUGCAGUUUCAGUAAUGAGCGGUACCACAGAGUAGCCUAAAUGUGACUUUUGCUUAAAAUCUAUUUAGUAACUUUUCAGUGUCCAAACUUUCCCUUACAUUCAGAAAUUUGAGUAUUCAUUAUUAUGGUGCAGUAUUUUAGGGUAAACAAAAAUAUGAGAUGGUAGGUGAUUCUUUUAAGUGUGGUCUGAGCUACCAGUGAGGAAGAGCAAGGCUUAGGAAACUGAGACAUUUUCUGGCAAAGUUGCUGCUGGCAUAUCUUCACAAGUUGCUGUUGUCACCUGAGUAGUCAAGUGCACUAGCUAAUGCAGUUAGUUUUCUGAGCGACUUUUUCACAACAUUUGGGCUGUAUUUGCAAAACCUUUUGGGCAGUCAAGUUCCAUCUCAGAAGCCGUCACAGACUGAAAGAUCCUCCUCUGCGAACAUUGUAUUUAGAAUUACACCUUUGCUGUUGGUAUUUUAUUUGGCUUGGUGAACUGGAAGUCUUCUUAGCAAAAGAUCCUUUCUUCAGAAGCAAUCUUGAAGAACACUCACUGGUUAAAGUGACUUGCUCAGGGUCAUGCAGUUUGGAGGUGGAGGCAGAGGGGGGGGACCCAAAACUAUAGGAUUAAAUUCAUUAACAGCUUAUAGCCUAAACCCUCUGUGCUAAUCUGCUAGUGUUGCAGCAUUUUUCAGUUUUCACUUAUGCAGAUGCAGAGAUUACCUGCAAAGCCAGCUACAGGUCGCCAGAGAGGGUGUCAAGAUUGCAUUUGUGAUUUAAAUUUUUACUUGGGCUGCGUCUUGAACCUGCCUUCUUGGUUGCCUUUUUGGUACUGCAGUGUUAACUUUUGCAGUUGUAUCAUUGUUUUAGGUUACAUUUUUUAUGUAUGCUGUUACACUUUUUAAGCUUUUACAAAUGUGAAAAUUUAAAUUGUUUCCCAACACUCGAUAUCCAGAUGUCUGUUUGCUGACUUAUGAUGUGCUGCACAAUCACCUAAGCAAUUCAAGUAAUAUGCCAUCAUAAUGGUUUAAAUACACUACUGAAUGUAGUCUGUAAAGCCUUGAUUCAAGUGCAGUUCUAAGAGGCUGGCCUUUUUGGGGUCGUGUCACUGCCUACCCAUUACUAUAUUUAAUAAUGCAGCUGUGUUAUUUAUUUUGGCCUCUUGACUGCAUUUAAACACCUCACUCUCUCCGAUUGCUUUAUGUGUGGGAUGUUGUGGAAUGGCACUUUUUCUAAAGACGAAUUUGAUAUUUUGUAUGCUUGUUAAGAAAGUACAGUAUUGGAAAUUAAAAAAAUGGACUACAAUAAAUGGAAAAUGUCAGCUAAUUUUUUGUAUAUUACCAGUUUACUUGUACAAUUUUUUUGUACAAAUUACAUGCAGCUUCAUUUUAAACAGAGUCCUUAAAAUAAGGAAAAUCUUUUUAAAAGAAAAUUAAUUUUUGUAUUUUUUUAUUUUGAAAGGCAUGAGUCAUGUCUUCUUUUUUCAAUGUAUUAAUGAAGAUUUUAACUUUUCAUCAGGUUGAGUGUUUUUCUUACUAUAUUACUGUUGUAUAUGUAGUCACAGAACUGUUAAAAAUAUCUAGCAUGUAGAAGCAAGCUUGUUUUGUGUAAAGAUUCCUUAUUCAUUAAACAGUUUUAAUCAUGGCAGAUAUUCUGCGGACACUGAAAACAUUUGCAGUUCAGAAUACUGAUUUUUGUAUUUAAAGAGACGUAUUUUGCUUGCAGGAAAAUCAUUUUAAUGAAAACUGAAUUGUAUUUAUCUUUAGGGCAUACCAGCAUUUUAUGCUGUUUUGUCUGGUCUUUAUUGAAAUAAAAUGUAAAUAUUAUCAUUA